UGAAGUUAGAAACUGAUGUAACGAUUGUUGUUUGUCCGAAUGAUCCUGACAAUGACGUUCAAUAGUGGCAAAAGAAUAUAUAGUGGUUAAACAGAAAUUGAAAAUAAAAUAAAAUUUUCUUUUUUGCUAUAAUGAAUUUUUUUCAAAAAUUUGUUAGCAGACAGACGAUUAUUUUAAAAUAUUUUUCAACUAUAAAUGCUACUGCAGAUAGGGCCGCAGAAUCCCAGCUGGAUAAAUUAUACAAAACUUUAGAGUUAGAACUUCGUGGAAAUGAUCCUGCUGUUCUGAAUAGUUUUUGUAAAUUUGCCACAACAGCUGGACAUCAUUUGGGUCUUGAUGGAAAAACGUGGAGUUUAAAGAAACCCAACCAUGAACGCUAUACAGUUUUAAAAUCUGUACAUAUAUAUAAGAAGCACAGAGUACAGUAUGAGUUCAGAACCUACUUCUCAUUUGUACAAUAUAAAUAUUUAACUAGUUCCACGGCUGAUACAUUACUUGAAUAUGUGGAAAGAAAUUUACCAGAAGGAGUUGCAUUAAAAGCAACAAAGGUUGAAAUUCAACUCCUACCUGGCCAUAUUUGUGAGACAAAAUAAAGUUCAAGCAAAUAUUUAACUAGUCAUAAAACUUUGAAGUGUAUAUUUUUUCUUUUUAGAUUCUAAUGCUGUUCUUUUUUAUUACCUAUUUCCAUUAAACUGUGAAUUCAUGGAAUUUUUAUCAUUAAAGUAAAAGUAACAUCAUAACAUUUUUUUAACAUGUUCUCUUAAAUCAAAUUCAAGUUUGAAUAAGAGGUUCGUUUUAUUGAAGGAUGAUUUAGCCAAAAGGAUGCUAACCAUACUUAUCUAAAGAGCACAUAGCCUAAUGAAAUGGUGAAUGUAGGGUUCAAUCGGACAAAUGUUACAGUACACCAAAGCUUUGUAAAUACUUACUAGGUAAAAGUCAAUUUUAAAAUCUUUACUGCCUUUCUAAGUAUUUUUGUGUUUGCAAACCACUUUGUUAGUUCUGUUAACUAACAAAUGAUAGAUUCUUAUUACAAGCAGUAGAAUGUGCAUGAAUAGAGAGAAUGACAGUUUUAAACUAUUACAAACAUUUUUAAAAUUUAUUUGUAAACCAAUGUUGUGCUGUCUAUAAAGUUUGUAUUCUCUAUUUGUACUGACUGCUUUUUCAAAUUCUUUUAUUUCUAGUGAGACUUAUAGAUGGACUAUAUAUACUAUACUAUAGAUAGACUUAUAGAUGUCAUCAAAGGUUUAUGUAAAAUUUGUCAAAGUUUCGUGCAUUAAAAACCAAAUUAUUAGCUUCAAAAAAACCAUAUACAGUGAAUGACUGAAAUAUGGAAUAAAUUCAUUUAACAAUCAGAUCUUGGA